CCCGCUCCGCCCGCCUGCCCGCCGACCCUGCCGCGCCAGUCCGACGCGUCGCGCACGCAUCGCUGCCUCCGCUGCCGAUUCUCUCUUCUUCUCUGGCCUUAGUCUUGCCUCGAUACCUUCUUUGAUACCUCUGUAGCACAAUGAAGUUCCUCGACUACCCCGAGCUCGAGCUCAUCUCGCGCGACCUCUGCUUCGAGUCGGCCGAGUGCCGCGUCAACACGCGCCUCGAGGCCUACUCGUGCAAGGCCAUCAACCGCGACAAGAAGCUCUUCAAGACGCUCGAGAGCGCCUACGUGCGCUCGGCGUCGACGUCGCCGCCGUCGUACCUCGAGGAGCACCUGGCGUCACCGUUCGGCAAGCUCGACCAGCCGGCGGCGCGCAAGACCCUCUGGCUGCUCAUCUCGACGCUCAACGGCGCCUUCCCGGACCAUGAGUUCGCGGAGGUCAACCCGGCCGACUUCCGCCGCGAGCGCAGUGCUGCCAGCGUGCUCAACAGUCUGAGCACGACGCUGUACUCGCUGCGCAGCGGCGGAGGUGCGCCGCGCUCCUUCUCCUCGUUCCCGAGCUCGUACGACGAGCGCGCUGCCACCGCUGCUGUCGCGGCCGGAGGUGCCGUCUCGCACCCGAAGCUGGGUCCGAUUCUCGACGACAUCAUGUGCAUCUCCGAGUGCGAAGUGUACACCUACCACCCGGACGUCGACUCGGACCCGCACGCGUCAGCCGACCCGGAGGAGGGCUACGGUGCCGAUGACUCGUGGACGGAAGACGACGUCGCGGAGGCUGGUACCGAUAGUGAUGCCGUAAUGAGCACUUCCGACACGCCGCGCGCACACGACGACGACACACCGAUGUUCGACGAGGACAUGUACGAAGGCGGCCUCGACUACUCGCGCGGCGGCGGCGCCAGCUCCAGCAGUGGCCCGUCAGAGGACGGCCCACGCACGCCACGCACGCCACGCGGCUCGUACUUCUCGAGCAGCUGGGGCGCCAGCAGCGCCGAAGACGAGGCGGAGGACGACGACGAUGAUGACACGGGUGGCUUGCUCUGGGCCACGUACGUCUUCUUCUACAACCGCAAGCUCAAGCGCAUUCUCUUUGUCGACGUCUGGUCGCGCCGUCAGACGGCGCCGCGCGCGCGCCCGAUCACGCAGCACCAGCCAAUGAGCUCGUACCUGCCUCCGGCGCUGCAGCAGCCGUCGCAAAGCGGCACGCUGGGCGCCGUCAAGGUGGCGCACAUCGACCUCACUGGCGGCGACUCAUCGCCAAGCACGCCGCUGCAGAGCCCGGCCAAGCGCGCCAUGAGCCGCACCAACAGCCGCAAGCGCCGCGCACCCUCCGGUUCGCCGGCGCCCAGCUCGCUCUCGCCCUUCCCGCACGCCAGUCCGCAAGCUCAGAGCGCCGCCGACGCCGAAGAGCGCCGCCUGGCCCUCGCCAGUGCCUCGGCUGCGCCGCGCUUGGCCAGCUCUCUGGCGCGCGGCGCCAUGCGCAGCCUCGAUGCAGCCGUCCUGAGCGCCAGUGCGCCCGCCAGCGGCACUGCCAGCCCCGUGUCUCUCGCCGGCACACCCGACAAGGCAGACCGCGCCGCUGCUCCGAAGCGCGUCCGCGUCUGAGCCUUCUCUACUCGAGGCAUAUAUCUCUACUUCCCGGCAUACCCGCUUUGCUCCUCGGCCGCCGUCUCCUCUAGUCUGGCGCGGACGCUCCGCACCCCUCG